AUGGACGAAAUCGAGCAGUUGCGCCUUUUGAUUAAGGAGAAGGACCGCCAACUCGACGAGAAGAACCGCCAACUUGACGAGGAACAACGCCGACGCAAAGAGGAACAACGCCUACGUGAGGAGGAACAACGCCGACGCGAAAAAGCUGAAGAAUUGGCAAACGAGUCGUUACCACUAGAUCUCCCGCAGUAUAUUGAGGCCUGCCAUGCUCUCGAUCUUGCUAUCGAGGUCGUAACAGACCCCACGCAAACAACACAAGGCCACACAACCACCGCGACUGGCAGGAUCUUCCCUCGUCGUAUCAUCCCAUGGGAGGAUUUUCCAGCAAAACAACAGGAGAUUUGGGAAAAGCUCUCUGUCAGCCCCGAAUUCGCUUCCCAAAAGGUGUUUCCAUCUCCAAAUCAACUAUCAUACGUCAAGUCUACACUCCAACGAAUAAGUUGUGAAAUGAGCCUCCGACAGUUCGAGCAUAACGUGGUCGAGAUUGCUGUUCGGAAGCUGGUUGACAGGGCCUACGAGGACCCAAUCUCGCGAGAAGUCCUUGGACUCAGGGGAACUGUGACCUUUGAGAGCCAUACGAAUCUCGGGGAGUCUUCCAAGUCGGUCCUUCAAUCCAUGGAAGGCAUGUCAAUCAGCGAAAACGACCCUCGUACCCUCCCAUCAGCAUCGACCAAAACACGAGCCAAAAAGCCGCCAAGGAAGGCGAGGGGGAAAGGCAAUAGGGCGGACCAGUUUUGCAUAUACAGGACUUCGGACGGUACAAACAUCCCUACCAUCGCUAUUGAAUACAAGGCGCCACACAAGCUGAGCGUUGACGAGAUUGUCACUGGGCUUGAUUCAGAGAUCCGGCCGGAACGUGACGUGAUCAACCAGGAGGGCCAGGGCUUCAUCUUCAAUUCCAGAGCUCUUACCGCUGCGGUCGUCACGCAACUGUUCUCCUACAUGGUUGGCAAAGGCAUUCAAUAUGGCUACGUCUGCACCGGGGAAGCUUUCUGUUUCCUUAAAAUUUCGGAUGAUCCCGGCACAGUCUACUGUGCUGUGUGUGUGCCAGCACAAGAUGUUAUGGAUGACGACGAAGACAGGCUCCAUCGCACUGCCGCCGCUCAGGUAUUCGCUUUCCUUGCCCAAGCUCUGUUGGCCACCCCGCCCACGGAGUCAUGGCACGACGAUGCCCAGGAGCUUGGUCUGUGGAAUUUUGAAUACGAAAAGGAACUGAGCAAGAUUCCACAGUCGCAACGAAAAGGCAAGCAACCUCUUGCAUCGCCUUACAAGCCUCAGCGUUGGAAAGGGUUUACUCGAUCACCCAUUCGAACCCGCUCCGGCUGUCAGCCACCGGUUAUACGACCGGCGCGUUCAGAAGACGAGGAUGAUUGUGAUCCUCCUUCCCCCACGCGAAAGCCAUCUACCGCAGGCAAGAAACAAGCACCGUCAGCCAAGACAGACACAAGUGGCGGCGGAAAGGGCAACCGGAAGGGUACGCAGCGCCAAAGCCAGCGGCUGCAGCAACAGCAAAAGAAAAGGGUUCAUAUCACUGACCGUCCGUAUUGCACGCAACGAUGCCUUCUCGGAUUAGCACAUGGAGGGCCCGUAGAUCGGGAUUGUCCCAAUGCGCACGAUCACCGUGACGUUCAUAUCACUCCGGCCAAAUUCAUCAGUCUCAUGCGCGCCCAGCUUGCAAGAGACCGGGGCCGCGAUGCGGAUUGUAUUUCGCUCUACAUAGCGGGUUCGCGGGGCGGCCUAUUCAAGGUGCGGCUGUCGUCCCACGGAUACACAUGUGUGGCAAAGGGCAUGGAAAGUUUCGAUCGCGAGUUUCUAGCCCAUGAAAACCGAGUGUACUGCAGGCUUGAGCCCAUUCAGGGCAAGUACGUGCCAGUAUGUCUUGGAGUUCUGCACCGUGAUGCGGAGCUCCGCAAUAUGCUGUUCGAUGCUGACGAUGGCCGGGUAAUGCUGGUAGAUUUCGAACGGUCGGAGUUUCGUGGUCGUCUUCCGCUUGCGUCCGUGAGUUCGAAUGCCCCUGGUCGAAAGAGGAAGCUCGAGGUCAAGCACGAAGAAUCUGAGGAUGACUGGUCGAAGGAGCUACGAUUGGCUGCAUGGGUGGUGAAGGAAAAAUGA